GAGGUGAUCGCGCGCGGCGCCCCCACCGUGCGCGCAGCCCAAGCCGCCGCAGCGAUGAAUUCUGCCGAGCAGACCGUUACGUGGCUCAUCACCCUGGGCGUGCUGGAGUCGCCCAAGAAAACCAUCUCGGACCCGGAGGUCUUCUUGCAGGCGUCGCUCAAGGACGGGGUGGUCCUGUGCCGGCUAUUGGAGCGCCUGCUGCCCGGGACCAUCGAGAAAACUUUUGAUGCAAAUGAUUUGUAUCAGGGGCAGAACUUUAACAAGGUCCUCAGCUCCUUGGUGACGCUUAAUAAAGUGACAGCAGACAUUGGAUUGGGAAGUGAUUCUGUGUGUGCUCGGCCCUCUUCACAUCGGAUAAAGUCUUUUGAUUCCCUGGGAUCCCAGUCUUCACACAGCAGGACUUCAAAAUUGCUCCAGAGCCAGUACCGAAGCCUGGACAUGACGGAUAACGGCAACAGCCGACUGGUAGUGCGAGCCAAGUUUAACUUCCAGCAGACCAAUGAAGAUGAACUCUCCUUCACCAAGGGUGACGUCAUCCACGUCACACGAGUGGAAGAAGGAGGCUGGUGGGAGGGCACACACAACGGCAGGACCGGCUGGUUCCCCAGCAACUACGUGCGUGAGAUCAAGCCAAGUGAGAAGCCUGUGUCACCCAAAUCAGGAACCUUGAAGAGCCCUCCCAAAGGGUUUGAUACGACUGCCAUUAACAAGAGCUAUUACAAUGUGGUGCUACAGAACAUCCUGGAAACAGAGCACGAGUACUCUAAGGAGCUGCAGUCUGUGCUCUCCACCUACCUGCGGCCACUGCAGACCAGCGAGAAGUUGAGUUCAGCAAACACUUCAUAUUUAAUGGGAAAUCUAGAGGAGAUAUCUUCCUUCCAGCAAGUGCUUGUACAGUCCUUAGAAGAAUGUACGAAGUCUCCUGAGGCCCAGCAGAGAGUCGGUGGCUGCUUCCUGAGCCUGAUGCCGCAGAUGAGGACCCUGUACCUUGCUUACUGUGCCAACCACCCAUCUGCUGUGAGCGUCCUCACAGAGCACAGUGAGGAUUUGGGAGAGUUCAUGGAGACAAAAGGUGCCAGCAGCCCUGGGAUCCUGGUGCUGACCACUGGCCUGAGCAAGCCCUUCAUGCGCCUGGACAAGUACCCCACGCUGCUGAAGGAGCUGGAGAGACACAUGGAGGACUAUCAUCCGGAUAGACAAGAUAUUCAAAAAUCUAUGACCGCCUUCAAAAACCUGUCAGCCCAGUGCCAAGAAGUACGAAAAAGGAAAGAGCUGGAGCUGCAGAUUCUGACGGAGCCCAUCCGGAGCUGGGAGGGGGAUGACAUAAAGACUCUGGGCAGUGUUACCUACAUGUCUCAAGUCACAAUUCAGUGUGCAGGAAGUGAGGAGAAGAAUGAGCGCUACCUUCUACUCUUCCCGAGCCUCCUGCUCAUGCUGUCCGCCAGCCCCAGGAUGAGCGGCUUCAUCUAUCAGGGAAAGCUACCAACAACAGGAAUGACAAUCACAAAGCUGGAGGACAGCGAGAACCAUAGGAACGCAUUUGAAAUAUCAGGGAGCAUGAUCGAGCGGAUUCUGGUGUCUUGUAACAACCAGCAGGACCUGCAUGAGUGGGUGGACCACCUGCAGAAGCAGACGAAGGUUACGUCUGUGGGCAACCCUACCAUCAAGCCCCACUCUGUGCCAUCACACACACUUCCUUCCCAUCCUAUCACUCCAUCCAGCAAACACGCGGACAGCAAGCCCGUGGCACUGACGCCUGCGUACCACACACUCCCCCACCCCUCUCACCAUGGCACCCCACAUACCACCAUCAGCUGGGGACCCCUGGAGCCUCCGAAGACCCCCAAGCCUUGGAGCCUGAGCUGCCUGCGGCCCGCACCUCCCCUCCGGCCCUCAGCUGCUCUCUGCUACAAGGAGGAUCUCAGUAAGAGCCCCAAGACCAUGAAAAAGCUGCUGCCAAAGCGCAAGCCCGAGCGGAAGCCUUCAGACGAGGAGUUCGCUGUGCGGAAGAGCACAGCUGCUCUGGAGGAAGAUGCGCAGAUCCUGAAGGUCAUCGAAGCUUACUGCACAAGCGCAAAGACGCGACAGACCCUGAACUCAACAUGGCAAGGCACUGACCUGAUGCAUAAUCACGUCUUGGCUGAUGACGACCAAUCAAGUCUAGACUCCUUGGGUCGUCGCAGUAGCCUUUCCCGUUUGGAGCCCUCAGACCUGUCGGAAGACUCUGAGUAUGACAGUGUAUGGACAGCCCAUAGUUACAGAAUGGGCUCUGCACCCCGUAAGAGCUGCUGCUCCUAUAUCUCUCACCAGAACUAGCGCCCUGCGCCUGUCUUAACAACGCUCGCUGCAGCCUGCUUUUCUUAGACGUUUCUUGCUGUUCCUUGUCUCUCUUAUGUGAUACUUUAACAGCUCUGGAGAGUGUCUUGGUGUUCCCAUUGUACCUAGUGGAGGCUUAAGUGCCAAUCUGAGAGUGGAUUUGAACUGCUGCCUGUUGGAGGGAGGUGGUAGGUCCAAUGAGUCUGUACCUGCGGGGCUUUUCCCAUUAGGGAGUGUUUUAUACAAGCCCCAGAUGGGUGGGUUUUUUUAUUCUCCGUGUAGCAAUUGUUUCACUUCCUUUUGGAUACAGCCGUAUGGACACUUUUCUAUUUUAUGCAGCCACAUAGGUCUGCGUCCAAGUGCCACCACGGAGAAGACUCUAGCCUUACACAUAGGGAACUAAAUGUUUUUAUGUCUAAUGCACUUGACCAAGUAGCUGUGGAGAGAGUGAGAGGAGUGUCUGUGACCGAAGCACUGAGUCAGCUGGUGGCUGCUCUGGUGGCAGUGCAGACCGCCGUGUGGACUCCGUGCCUGGCAGAUGCACACCAGGGAUGGUGCCACUGUGCUGAGAGCAGAGUCUGGAAUCUGUCUCCACCCACUGCUCUGUGCCUUUCCGUGUGUGCGCCAUGGCUGUGAGGUGAGAACUCUCCUUCCCAAAGGUGAGCUCACCAUCACGGCUUAGACAUCCACUUAACUGUUACACCACACUUCCCUGAACUGCAGAGAUGGCCAGUGUGAGGCUCCCCUGAGGCUGCGCGCUCCGAGGCAGAAGCUUUGGUCUCUGCCCGUGCAGCUAAAGUGCGUUCAGAGAGGUGCUUGGUUGAGUGCUUGCCUUGGCCGCAGCCUGGCUGCUCCCACAGUCAUACUGCACUGUCUGUGAGAGCCGUGAGCACCUUGCGGCUUUGAACACCAGGUGCAGUGAAACUAUUUACAGCAGCCCUGUAGUUCACCCUGGCACUCAGUGCAGCACAGCCUCCAAGACUGCGCAGGUUCUGGCCUGGGCUUUGUUGUAAGUAGUUUUCUCUGGCCCCGAGAAAGAACUGAAUGUGACUGCAUUCAGUUACAGCAGCAAACCAUAACCAUCUCCCACAUGCUAUGGUGUUAAAAUGUAACCUUAGGGUUGUAUUUUAAGUGUUCACUGACACCUGCUUCAGAAAUGGUGCCACAGGAAAUGGGGGGUAAUAUUCUUUCCAUCCUUCAGGGUGUGGAGCUCUGGUGGCGAUGACCUCUGACCCCCUAGUCCUCCUUGUCAAGCUAGUGUUAAACAGUAUUGUGUCCCCUUGACUCCCCCUCUGGGAGCUGGGUCCUGCUGCUGCUGCCAGCGGAGGGGCUGUGCGCGCAGGGAGGGGUGGCCUGGAGCCGCUGGGCAGCAUGGCUGCCCACACCAAGUCCCUUCCCGUCACCGUGGAGCUGCUUGUGCCCCCAGAGAGUCUGUAUUUUCCUAAGAAGGUCAAGGAGCCAGCCUUUCAGACUGGCACCCAGUAUUGAUUUCCAGGUGAAAGGAGUUCGUGUAGAUGAAGCCAAAUAGCAAAUGGGAUUUUUGAAAAACAAAACAUGAAAUGUCUGUAUUUUGUUCAAUUUCAUAGAGUGACAGAAACGGCUCUGUUGUCACGUCCCAUGCGGAGGCUGCCUUUACUGCCUCUGCCUCAGGCUCCUUGCCCCUGCCUCGCCUUAGCAUGGGUUGCCUGUCACCGCUGUGGUACUAGAGGGGGACCCAG